CCUGAGGGGCAGGGCGGGGCAGCAGGCAGGGAAGAGAGGCGAUCGAUGACUCCGGCGCGCCGCUGCCUGUUGGAUUGGCUCGAGCCUCUCCCGCCAGGCCUGUCCUACUCCCGCGCGCUCCGGGGCCCGCCCCCGCCGCCAUCUUGGUCUAGGAGGGAGCGGGCCGCACGCGUGAGUAAACAGUCGGAGCCGGGAAAGUCGAGGUCGGGCUGCGUCCGGGUGCUGCAGGGCAGCAGCGGAGAGGACGCAGGCCUAUCUUCGUACGUGGGGGGAGGGGCCGACAUGACGGCCCCGGGCCACAGCCCCUUCGUGCCGCUGUUGGAGACUUUGGAAGACCCUUCCGCCUCCCAUGGAGAGCAGACCGACGCUUACCUGACUCUGACCAGUCGUAUGACUGGAGAAGAUGGAAAAGAAAUCAUUAUAGAAGUUGAGAAGAAACUUCCUCAGCUAUUCAGAGUUUUAAAGACUCACAUUGCCAGUCAAAACUCAGAGCUCAGUAGUGCUGCUCUGCAGGCCUUGGGGUUUUGCUUAUAUAAUCCGAAAAUUACCUCUGGAUUAUCAGAGACAAAUAUUCAAGAACUGCUUUCAAAACUGAAUGAUAUUGUUAAGAAUUCAGAUAAAAAUGUACGUACUAGGGCACUUUGGGUGAUAUCCAAACAGACGUUUCCCACUGAAGUUGUUGGCAAAGUAGUAUCGAGUAUAAUUGAUUCAUUAGAAAUAGUCUUUAAUAGAGGAGAGAUGCAUUCUGCUGUUGUGGAUUAUGAAGCAUUAAAUGUCAUCAUAAGGCUAAUUGAACAAGCCCCAAUUCAAAUGGGAGAAGAGUCAAUUAGAUGGGCAAAAUUGGUCAUACCAUUAGUGGUUCAUUCGGCCCAAAAGGUACAUUUGCGGGGAGCUACUGCUCUAGAGAUGGGAAUGCCGUUGUUACUUCAGAAACAACAAGAAAUAGCAUCUAUCACAGAGCAGCUUAUGACUACCAAAUUACUUUCGGAACUCCAGAAGCUAUUUAUGAGUAAAAAUGAGACUUACGUGUUAAAAUUAUGGCCUUUGUUUGUCAAACUGCUUGGGAAGACCUUGCAUCGAAGUGGGAGUUUCAUCAAUUCUCUAUUACAGCUAGAAGAACUGGGAUUUCGUAGUGGAGCACCCAUGAUUAAAAAAAUAGCUUUUAUUGCUUGGAAGAGUUUAAUAGAUAAUUUUGCUUUAAAUCCAGAAAUACUAUGUAGUGCAAAAAGACUGAAGUUGUUAAUGCAGCCUUUGAGUUCUAUCCAUGUGAGAACAGAAACUCUAGCGCUGACAAAACUAGAAGUCUGGUGGUAUUUAUUGAUGAGACUAGGACCUCAUCUUCCUGCUAAUUUUGAACAGGUCUGUGUGCCUCUGAUUCAAAGCACAAUAAGCAUUGAUUCUAAUGCUUCACCUCAAGGCAGUUCAUCUCGUGUAGCUACUUCUCCAGCUUUAAAUCCUGCGACCCCUGUACACAAAGGUGCUUCUCCGUAUGGAACUCCCCGGAUGAACUUGAGUUCAAAUUUUGGUGGAAUGGCCACAAUCCCCUCUAUACAAGUUUUGGGGCUUGAAAUGUUGCUUCAUUUUUUGUUGGGUCCAGAAGUCUUGAGUUUUGCUAAGCAAAACAAACUUAUGCUGAGCUUAGAGCGACUUGAACAUCCGUUAAUCAGCAGCUCUUCUUUUUUUUCCAAACAUGCAAAUACAUUUAUCACUGCUGUUCGUGAUAGCUUUGUUGCAAUUAGAAAAGAUGCUUCUGAUGCAAUUGUCAAUGCUAUUUGGAAGGAGCUAGUUAGCUUGGUGAAGUCAGUUAUUGAAUCUGGUAACAAAAAAGAGAGACCAGGUUCUGAAGUUUUGACUCUUCUAUUGAAAUCUUUGGAAAGCAUAGUGAAGUCAGAAGUAUUUCCUGUAUUGAAAACACUGGUUCUCAUGGAAAUUACAAUUAAAGGACUUCCUCAGAAAGUAUUAGGUUCUCCAGCAUAUCAGGUUGCUAAUAUGGAUAUUCUUAAUGGGACUCCUGCUUUGUUCUUAAUUCAGUUAAUUUUCAAUAAUAAUCUGUUGGCAUGUGGUGUAGAAGAUGAAAGGUUUUUUCUCAACCUGGAAACACUGGUAGGCUGUGUUCUUUCUGGUCCAACUUCACCACUAGCUUUCAGUGACUCUGUCUUAAAUGUUAUUAAUCAAAAUGCAAAGCAGUUGGAAAACAAGGAGCAUCUUUGGAGAAUGUGGAGUAUUAUAGUCACCCCAUUAACUGAAUUGAUAAAUCAGACCAAUGAAGUGAAUCAAGGUGAUGCCUUAGAACAUAAUUUUAGUGCCAUCUAUUGUGCACUGACUUUACCAAUAAACCAUAUUUUUUCAGCACAAAAAAUUCCAGCGGCCACCAUGAAGACCUUACUUAAAACUUGGUCAGAAUUAUAUAGAGCAUUUGCUCGCUGUGCAGCUUUGGUGGCAACUGCAGAGGAGAAUUUGUGCUGUGAGGAACUUUCUUCCAAGAUAAUGUCCAGUUUGGAAGAUGAAGGCCUUUCAAAUUUAUUGUUCUUGGAUAGGAUCACUCAUAUUAUUACUGUAAUGGUUGAUUGCAUCGACUUUUCACCAUAUAAUAUUAAGUAUCAGCCCAAAAUUAAAUCACCACAGAGACCUUCAGAUUGGUCCAAAAAGAAGAAGGAGCCCUUGGGAAAAUUGGCUUCUUUAUUUAAACUUAUUGUGAGAGUGAUCUAUUCUUUCCACACUCUGAGCCUCAAGGAAGUACAUUCUGAUACUCUCCUCACUAUUGGCAACUCAAUCACCAGCAUUCUUUCCAAUGUACUUGGACAUAUUUCUUUGCCUUUUAUGAUCCGAAAAAUAUUUGCAACUUUAACAAGACCUCUGGCAUUAUUUUACGAAAACUCAAAGUUUGAUGAAGUUCCUAAAGUAUAUAGUUGUAUGAACAACAAGUUAGAAAAGCUACUAGGAGAAAUUAUUGCUUGUCUACACGUCAGCUACACUGGGACUUAUGACAGUGAACUUCUUGAACAGAUCUCGCCAUUAUUAUGCAUAGUAUUUUCACACAAGAAUAAACAGAUUAGAAAACAAAGUGCUCAGUUCUGGAAUGCCACAUUUGCUAAAGUGACGAUGUUGAUUUAUCCUGAGGAGUUAAAACCAAUACUAAAACAAGCCAAACAAAAAUCUCUGCUUCUGUUGCCUGGUUUGGAAAAUGUUGAAAUUAUUGAGGAAUCCAGUGGACCAUAUUCAGAUACAACAGAAAAUUCACAGUUAAAUAUGAAGAUAAGUGGCAUGGAAAGAACCUCAAGUGGAAAAAGAGAUUCUUUUUUGGCACAAACAAAGGAUACAAAAGACAAUAUGAAACCACCAGCUAAAUUGAAACUAGAGUCUUCGACUCCAAAAGCAAAGAGUGAAAUGCCUUUGGAAGAAGAAAAGUCUACUGACUUUGUGUUUAUACCUCCAGAAGGAAAAGAAACAAAGGAAAGGAUACUAACUGAACACCAGAAAGAAGUACUCAAAACAAAGAGGUGUGAUAUUCCUGCCAUGUAUAAUAAUCUGGAUGUUUCACAAGAUACUUUAUUUUCUCAGUAUGGUCAGGAAGAGUCUAUGGAAAUUCUUACUUUAACUGAAAAAUCCAAGGAAGAUUCCAAGAUGAUAUUUAAGGAGGAACAAAAGGAGAGUGACAUUGUCAUUCCUCAACAUGUCAUGGAAAACUGUGGUAUGGAUGAACACCUUGAAGAGGCUUCCCUUUUGAAUAAUGAGUGUGGUUCUAUUGAGGAAACCAAUCCAGAAAUACUGAGCAGUAAUGAUGCCAGAAAAAAGGCUUUAAUUGUAUCAAAGAAGACGCCAACUGAAUGUGCAUCUAGUACAGAAAAUACAUUGGGUGUCAGCAGUAGCUCGGUUUCUAAUGCCACUAUUUCUGGAACUCCUCCCCCACAGCCUACAAGUCGAAGGCAAUCCUUUAUUACUUUGGAGAAGUUUGAUGGCUCAGAAAAUAGACCCUUUAGUCCAUCCCCCUUGAAUAAUAUGUCAUCAGCUGUUAAAGUGAAAAAUAACCAGGAAGGCACGGCUAAAACAGAUAAUCCACCAAAAGCAAAGAAAAGAGAAGUGGCUCUUUCAAAAUCUGACUCUGCAAAAACAGUGCAUGGGAUUAAGAGAUCAGUCCGAAGGUCGAGUAAGCCUGAACCAAUAGGGAAUAAAAAGUCUAAGCCCUUGAUGAGAUCUGAUCAGGAGAAAAGUACUCGGGAAUCUGUUGAUGGCAUGGUAGCCUUAGAAAAUAACCCACCUGGUUUGCUUAAUCAAACAGAAUGUGCAUUAGAUAAUCAGGUUCAUCUCUCUGAGUCUUCAGUGGAGUAUGAGGAUACGAUGCUUAAACCAACAAUAGAAAAUACUAUACUAUUAGAAAACAGUACUGUAGAGGAGAAAACCUUAGAAAUUAAUUUGGAAUCCAAAGAAAACACACCCCCAGCCAUAAUAACAACAGAUCAAACAGUAAAUGAAGAUAGUCAUGUUCAGAUAACUCCAAAUCAUAAAACCCUUAGACGAUCUUUAAGGCGACGUUCAGAAACAGCAGAGCCAACCACUGAUAGCCAAGAUAAAGAAAAUAAUCAAAAAAGGGAAAGACGUAAGGAAGAAGAAAAGACUCUGCAGAGGAGUCCAUUGCAUGUAAAAGAUGAUGUUUUACCUAAGCAAAAAUUGAUUUCUGAACAAACUGUACAGGAAAAUUUAAUUGAGAAAGGAAAUAAUUUACAUGAGAAGACUUUUGGGGAAACCAGCGCUAAUGCUGAAAUCGAUGAAAAUAGAAGAAAGCCAGAUCUUGAGACUACUAAAUCUGAGGGAGAUGGUGCCCAGGACAUUGCAGAUAAAUCCUCUGAGAAAACAGUAAGGGGACGAACACGGUAUCAAACAAGAAGAGCAUCCCAGGGUUUACUUUCCAGCAUUGAAAACUCAGAAUCUGAUAGUUCUGAGGCAAAAGAAGAAGGUUCUAAAAAGAAAAGAUCUGGAAAAUGGAAAAACAAAAGCAGUGACAGUGUUGACAUUGAAGAUCAAGAAGAGAAAAUGGUAAAACAGGAAUGUAUAAAGGUUGAAAGUCAGACACAUGAUUAUAAAGGGAAUUCUGAAGUAGACAAAGAUACAAAAUCUCAGAUCUGUGAAAAAGAAGAAAGUAAUACUGUAACUCUUCAAGAUUCUACAAUAUCUUCAGAAUUAUUACAAGUUUCUGGUGAUGUAUCAAAUACCUCCGAGGGAAAAAGUAAAACUGACAAAUGUGCAGAACCUUCCUUUUCAAAUCCUUCUGUACCAGAAUCAAAUCUAAGGACUAGAAAUGCCAAUAAAAGAUUGCAUAAGCGAGAUUCUCUAGAAAAUAGUGUGGGUGAAUCCUCAAAAACAGAAACAUCAGACAUUUCUUUGCUUUCUGAGAAAACUCUUCAAACACUUGAAUGCCAACACAAGAGAAGUAAGAGGGUGAGGAGAUCUAAAGGUUGUGAUUGCUGUGGAGAAAAAUCACAACCUCAGGAAAAGUCAUUCAUUGGGUUAAAGAAUACAGAGAAUUAUGAUGUAAAAGUCAGCGAAACAAAAAAGACAGAUGUGCAGACACCUGUAACUAUAUCAGAAACUUCUAAAGCUGAUCUGUAUUCAGAAGUAAAACUUUUAGAUGAGCAUCAUAGUGUGAAUUUUCAUUUGGAUCUCAAGGAGGAGAAUGAUACUAUUAAUGAUUCAUUAAUUAUAUCUGAAACUGAGUUGAAAGAAAAUACUAUUCAAGACUUUAUUCCUUCUGAAAUGGUAAAUUUUAAAGAAGAAACUUGUGAUAGGGAUUCUGAGGUAGCAAUAUCUCUUGAAAGCCAGGAGCCAUCUAAUAAAAAAUGUAAAACUAUUGACCCAUGUUUGGGUGACUUCAAAGAUAUUUCACUGGAAUGUUUAACUUUGGAGACCAAAGAAAAAAAGCCAGAGGCUAUCCCCAAAAAGGAAUUGAGUAUUAUAGAGAACCUUGUUAAUGUUGAAGCAAAUGCAGAAUUGAAUCCAGGAGAAGUAGAUGCUAUGGAAUUGAAUGCAGAAAAUGAUAAAUCUGAAGCUAGCUUCUCUAAACAAAAGAGUGUCAAAACUGAUAUUUCAGAGGAAGAGGUAACAGAGAAAAACAGUCAAAGUACAGAUGGACCUGAAGAACUCAGUGCUGAUGAAGCAAUAACUGUGGAAUUUAAUUCAGGUAUUGGUCAUUCUGAUGAUACCACACCUGUAAAAGUGAGUGCUCAGUUAGAGAUUUCUGAACAAAUAGCAGUUGGGGAACUAGACAGAGGAAGUGAUGAAUCUGAUCCAGGCUCAUCUGGAGAAAUGAAUGCUGAAAUGGAAAAUUGUGAAGAAACAGUGAUUGGUGAGGUGACUACUGAAACUGACCGUGUCAAUGAAACAGAGGAUGAGGACUUAACUACCAAAGCCUCUAAGCCUAUAGAAGCUGAAACAAAGAGAUUGAAUGUAGAAAUCGAUAGUUUUGUUCCCAACACACUUGAGAUGAGCACUGAAGAAGGAAAGGUUGACUCUAAUAAAACUGAAACAAAUAUUGAACCUAAUAAAUUUGAGGAAACAAAAUUAGGUGACAGUCAGAUGGUAGCGGGAAAUGAUGGAAUUUUACCAGAAGUUCACCAUAUUUCAGAGAAAGUGGAGGAGACACCACAACCUCUGACAGCUGAAACAGCUGUUUCUGAACUGGUAUCAGAAGACAAUAAUACAUCUCCUCAAAAAUUAAAGGAUGUUGAUCCUUUACUCAUGUCAGCAAAUGACAGUCCUAGUGGCAUGCAGACACGCUGUGUCUGGUCUCCUUUGGCUUCUCCAUCCACCAGCAUUUUAAAGAGAGGACUAAAAAGACCCCAAGAAGAUGAAAGCUCAUCACCUGUUCACAAGGUUCGCCGUGUCUCCUUUGCAGAUCCUAUAUACCAGGCAGGAUUGGCAGAUGACAUUGAUAGGCGAUGCUCUCUUGUUAGGUGCCAUUCUUCAAAUAGUUCUCCCGUAGUAAAAAGUGUUAAAACUUCACCUACUGUGCAAUCUAAGCAUAAUACUACUUCAGCCAAAGGAUUUCUGUCCCCAGGAUCACGUAGCCCUAAAUUUAAGAGCUCAAAGAAGUGUUUAAUUGCAGAAAUGGCUAAGGAAGCUGUGCCAUGCCCAACAGAAAGUGUUUACCCUGCUUUGGUGAACUGUGUAGCACCAGUUGACAUCAUUUUACCUCAGAUUACGUCCAACAUGUGGGCAAGAGGACUGGGACAACUCAUUAGAGCCAAGAAUAUAAAAACAAUUGGUGAUUUGAGUACUCUUACAGCAUCUGAAAUAAAAACUCUUCCUAUCCGUUCUCCAAAAGUGUCUAAUGUAAAAAAGGCUCUCAGAGUAUAUCAUGAGCAGCAGGUGAAGUCUCGUGGACUAGAAGAGAUUCCAGUUUUUGAUAUUUCCGAAAAAACAGUAAAUGUAAUGGAAAAUAAAUCUAUUUCUCCUGAUGAAGAAAGACUUGCCUCAGAUUUAAUUGAUCCUGUUGCUUUAGAGACUCCGUUAUCUAAAAAUCUUGUGGCCCAGAUUAGUGCACUUGCUCUUCAACUAGAUUCAGAAGAUCUCCAUAAUUAUUCAGGAAGCCAGCUAUUUGAAAUGCAUGAGAAACUUGGUAGCAUGGCAAACUCUAUAAUUAAAAAUCUGCAGUCACGUUGGAGGUCACCAGCCCAUGAAAAUUCUAUUUAGUGUUUUAAGAGAAAAUUGAAGUAUAAAAAAAAAAAAUCACUGGAUUUGUUGAUUCAUAAAUGAGGCCUCCUGAAAUGAAUGAGAAUAACAUAAUCCAGAUACCAACCUAAAAAUAUAUGCCCAGGAGUGGGAUUGCUGGAUCAUACGUAACCUCCAGGGAGCUAGCUGGUUGGCUGUGGCUGUCAAGGUCAGGGCCAUCCACAUGUACCUGGUGAGGUUGCAGAGAAGAAGACGCCCCCGUCGCUGUAGGUGGAGAGGUGGGCACCUUCUGAAUGCUCAGACUUCUCCUCGCCGCCACUGACGCUCAGCGCGCUGGCAGAUCGAGACUGCUCCCGGCUCCGGCGCUGAGCUUGUGCUGGGGAGGCCGCCCACCCAAUCUGAGGAAUUCCUGACUCACCGUUGAGAUGUGGCGUUGGGUCUCCCUCACCCGUCUCAUCUCUGGCGUGUCCAAGACAUAGGCAGCUUUGCCUUGUAUUUGUUUCCGGAAGCUAUCAGAAUAAAGCACCUGACAGAGGAGAGACCAUGAAUGAGGACAGGUUGUGGUACCAUCCUAAUUCUGAAACCUCAAAACCUUUCCAACAGAUGGAGGUGAAAGAAACUGGGGAGGGAAGCUUGAGUCACCUGAAAAGCCCCAGCUCACCCAUGACUGACAGAGGAACAGUUAGCAUGAGGGUGGACAGGCAGGGCUUGAAUGAGACAAAGAAUUUCUUUUGAGUUUGAGGAGACAGGGCAAAGUAUAAUUUUGAAAGGAAGGGGAAAAAGUGAUCUCUUGAAUUUGCUGGGAAUUGUAGCACCAGCACAUUGGAUGAUAUUUGGAGCUAAACGUGAUACUGACGUUUGAAAGAACUAUCCUUUAAAACAAGUGAUCAUUUUUUGAAGGAGUAUGUCCAGAUUUCAUAAACCAAUAUGCUAAUACAGAAAUCAAAAUCUCAGAAAUGAAAAACCCAAAAUAUCAAAGUCAGAGAAGGCUUCCAUUUCAGAGUAUUACCUGUUUCAUAAGGUAUCUUAAAAAAGUAUUGCUGAAGAUUGAGGAUGUUAGGAAGUCAAUUUGUUACACUUGGUUACAUAAGACUACCUCAGAGUAAAGUAAAAGGGAAGAGGAAACACUGGCAAUUAACUUGUUAUGUCUUAGUACAGUCAUUUGGAAUUUAAAAGCACAGGUAUGUUAAUUUUAGUGUGAAUUUUCAGUUGAAUAAAAACACUUUUUUAUGAUGUUAAAAUGUUAUUUUCCAAGUUGUUGCACUACUCCUUCUUUAGUCCUAGAAAAUACCGAGCUAAUGUUUUCUUGGUUGCGCUUAGCUCUCUCCAUCUCUGGAGUGACCGGUGUCGGAGUUGCUUUUCUCAUAUUCUCUUUGUACAAUACCUAGAGGGGCCAAGAGAGCAUCCAGAUAUCAGAGAGCAGAAACCCAGUUCUGAAAACCAUCAUCGAGCUGUUGUUAUGGCUCAGUUAUGUCACACUCUAUAAAAACACCUCAAGAAGAGAAAGCCAUUAAAAUGUUAUUGUAGAAAGCAAAAAGUGACGAAAGAAGUAAAUCAGGUGAGCCGGUGGGGUUGGUAUGUCAUUUUUAAGUAGGUAAAGAAGAAUUUUAAAAGAUAAAAGUUUUGGGGAAACAGUGAGAUAAGUUAGUGGUAUAACCAUGUUUGCCAGACUUGUUAAAAGUGUCACCAUUUCUUUUUUCCUCUCUCAAAUACCGAGCUAAAGUUUUCUUGAUUGCGUUUGACUCUUUCCAUCUCGGGAGUAAAGAGUGCGGGGGUGGCUUUCCCCAGGUUCUCUUUGUAUAACACCUGUGAGAUACAAAGGUGGACCUGAAAGUCACUAGGAGGCAGUAUUCAGGCUAUUCAAUAUAAUGCAAUUUGGGGGAGAAAACUCCAGGUUUAAUCUAUUACUAUUAGUGAGUACAACUCUAGAAGAAAGCUUAAAAAACAGUUAAUGGCAACAGUAUAUGUAUAUCAUUUAGGGGAGAUUGUAAAAAGCUGGCAUCUUGUUUGUUUUAACCUGGGAUGGAGUUAGGAGCAGGUCAAACGGCAGGGGUUACUUUGCAAAAUUAAAAGCACUUUCAUUUCUCAAGACAA